UGUCGCUGAAUAUUCAAGGACAACCACAACACAAGAGGCUACAACAACAACAACGGACAGAAAUGUCGCCACAACACAUACGUUCUGGCUUAAUCAACUGCAUACUACGUUAAGAACAGGCUCUACGCCAGCCCUAAACCAGUUCAGGUUAGAGCUGUUAGAAACUACAACGAUGUCUCCUACAACAGAAUUUCAGCUCCAAAAAGAUGCUUCGACCACACCUGUGAAGACACCUGCUAGCGGCUAUAACAGAGAGUACCGCACUUCUCAAACUACUCUAAGUCUUCUCCAAACGAUACAACGAAUGAAAGAUAGAGUGGGCGAACUGUUGGUAGAAGAAACGUCAUCGGAAGAUGUUUUAACCACGGCAGAAAGUAUAAAAAACAUGUUCCUGCGCGACUCAUUCCUGCACCUGACAAACAGUUCGUCUGAGUUUCCACUUGAAGUAGUAAGACAUGGUUUUAUUACCUUCGACAAGACAGUCAUGUUUUUGAUAGCUUCUAACUCAAAAUGA